UUAAAGAAAUAUCAUUUGUUUGAAUAAUGUGGUUGUAGCCAAAAAUUUAGCAAAAAGUCCAAUGACCAAGGCGUCAAGUAUUUUUGCAGAUUUGUAACGUUUGAGCCAACGGUUAAGAUCGAAUCUAUUGCGUAGAUCUUCCCGUGUAAAAACGGCGCGUUAGUCGAUUUCCCACACCUAACAGUUUGAUUCAACGGUUAAGAUCAGAUCAAUGGUAUAACGGCGUGUAAGAUCGACGGUUGCUAUUCAAUUUUCCUUUUUUGAUUUUUCGGCAAAUGAUUCAACGGUUCAGAUCGAACUAAUGACAAAUCCUCUGAGUAAGAUCGACGGCCGUUAUUCAAUUUCCUCUUUUUGAUGUUCCCGUAAUUUCCUUUUUUUUGAACUAGUAGUGUAUAGUAUAUAGUUUCCUUUUCAUUAAUAUCAUAUCCGCUAUUUAAACAACUCCAAAAGUUUCCUUUCUCUCUCAACGAAUCAAAGAUUCACUCUCUAAUUAGGGUUUUGUUUGCAGCGAAGUAAAGUACGAUGGGGUCAAUGGAGUUUGUGAAACCCUUAGGCAAAGGUUCGUAUGGUUCAGUCAAUCUCAUCAAGCUCACUAAACCAGACGGCUCGAAGCCACACUACCACGCCGUGAAAAGCUCGUUCGCGCAUGACUUCGACUCUCUAUACAACGAGUUUCAGAUUCUAUCUAAGCUCAGAGAUUGUCCCGGGAUCGUGCGAACCUUUGGUACAUCUCUGUCGAGAGGAGUCAGUGAUCAAGGAAUAAGAGUUUACGGCAUGUCGAUGGAGUACGCAGCUGGUGGAAGUUUAACUUCUUUGAUUGAAAAAAGGUUGUUGACGGACACGAUGAUCAGAGACUUCACUCGUAUGAUUCUUGAAGGACUCGUAUCUGUUCAUGCUAACGGAUACGUCCACUGCGAUCUCAAACCGGACAAUAUUCUUGUGUUUCCACGUGAUGAUGUUGGUGUAACGAAAGAAGUUUCGUAUGAGUUGAAGCUUUCUGAUUUUGGGAUGUCGACAGAAGCUGGAGAGGGGUCGGUGUUUUGGGAGUUUGAUUCUCCCUACUUGGGAACGCCUCUUUACAUGUCUCCUGAGUCUGUUCACUACGGCGUCGCGGAGAAGUCGUUAGACUUGUGGUCGUUAGGUUGCGUUGUGUUGGAGAUGUACACUGGAAAGUCUCCGUGGCAUUUGCAAGAUUCUGAGGAGAUUUUGCGUCAUCUGUUGGAUGGGAAGGCGCCAGAGAUUCCAGAGUCUGUUCCUUGGGAGGCAAGGCUGUUUCUACAAACGUGUUUUGCAAGAAAUCCUGUGGAGAGAGGAAGCGCGUUGGGCUUGUUGAAGCAUCCGUUUCUUCUUUCUGAUGAGAAGAGAGUGAUGGUUACCGGCGCCGGAGGUAGAAGAAAGUCGGUGGCGGUGGUACUGAAGUCUAAGGAUAGUGUGAAGAAGCCACUAAGAUUGAAGAUUAUUCCACCAAAGCCGCCACAGUUUAAGAAAGUUGAGAAUAGACCCUUGAGGUUGAAGAUUAUACCUCCCAAACCACCAGGAUGCAAUCUCGUUUCUGUUCAGUAGAGUGUGUCAGUGUAUACUGUCGUCUUUGUAGUUGGUGUAGAUCAAGUUAACACACAGUUGUGAAAAUUGCACAGAGGAAACAUCAAGGAGAAGCCAAGACCAGUGAGACCGAGUUUGGUUCUUCUGUUAGCAUUGCCACUUGGGAGAACCAUCUCGUUAGUCGUUACUUUUGUUAUUUUUCAGUUCUCCUAUUUAAAUAUGAUGUCUCUGCUUUGUUUAUAUUUGGUUCUAUAGAACCUAACUUUGUAACAACACUUGGAGAAUUUAUGUUAAUGAGUUUUCUAUUUCUGUUCUCUUUUCAUUGUCAAACAAGAUCUCAAAAGUCUAAAGUGUUUCCAUGUGUACAAAGCUUGAUUAAAGAAGCAGCUGUUUUAUGAAUAGCCAAGGAUGUGUGGAUGUUCUUCCUAGAAACAGAGUUCCAUGAUGUUGCAGUGAUCCACAACCUCUUCUCCUUCCCGUUUCAGUUUCUUCCCUGAAACUUACUCCAUUUUCGACUGCAACAGCUUCCUGGAAAAUGAAUAUUAUCAGACAAAUGUUUAACAAAUGAACCAAAACUUGUCUAAUCAUCAUAUUUUUAUUGUCCAAUCAUUAUAUUUUUAUUUGUUUACCACAUCUGAAAUUGUAGAAACAGACUCUGCUUACACACAAAAGCAGUGGUUAAAAAUACCUAUACUAUUAUUUGCAAAGUAAAUUUUUGGAAUCGAGCUCUCACGUUGAAAGUUAGAGCGGUUAAUAUCUUUACUACCC